UGUCACAUGUUCUUUUAACAGAGCAUGAAGUAAAAGUAAUAAUUUAAUAUCUUUAAGAAAAGUUUCAUAUAAAAUCAUAAAAAGAUCUCUAAAUAGCAAAUUAAGCUAUGAUAAAAUGACACUCGAAGAAGAUAAUGAGGAUAAAUCAGAGGUUAUCGGUGAAGACGAUGAAGAAUUGCAGAAGUCCAAAAAUCGCAUCAAGUUCAAUGCUUUGGUUGACUCUGAUUCGGAAAGUGAAAGAAAUUCUCUUAUCACGAAUGAAGUACCUGUAAUUAACAGCCCCGAGAAGUCACCCAAAGAUAAUACUGCAAAGAAAAAGACAAACCGCAAGAAAUUUAUUUUUGCUGACUCAAGUUCAGAAGAUGAAAAUGAAGUUAAUCUGUUCAAAAAUUCAUCUGUGGACGAUGAUGCUAAAAAAUCCUCUACGCAUGAAACGGAAAAGACUGAUAAAGAGAGAAUUAGUUUUAAUAAGUUAAGUACUUUGAUUGAUUCCGAUACGGAAGAGGAAAAUGAUAGCAGGUUUUUGAAUCAUUCCCCUACUAACGAAUCCAAACCUGUACGUGAAAAGAAGAAAAAGUCUGUGAAAGCGAAAGUUCCUAUGAAAUUUACGACUUUAGUCGAUACAGACUCAGAUGGGGAAAAUAAUUCCCAAGGGCAUUUGCAUAUAAACAAUGAUAUCGAGAGUGGGACUAAAGGAAAGAAAGAAAAGGGUGUCAAAAAAAGGACCGGUUCAAUAAGAGCUUCAAAGGAUGAGGCAAUGAAGCAGAUUCGUAGUGAAACACAACGUUUGCUAAGAGAAUCACAAGUAUCUUUGCCAUAUCACAUACCAAAACAGCGUUCGUUGGAAGAAUUUUUAAAAAGGAAAAAAAUUGCUCCUCUCAUUCCUAAUGCACUUACCACAAUUGCCAAAAUAAGGAUGUCUGCUGAUGUCGUAGGAAAAAUUUUAGAAGAGAAGGAAAGAGAGGCAGAAUUGUUUUUCAAAUCAUCUGAUUCGGAAGAUGAAGAACCUCUUUUAAGUAACGAAGCUAAAAAUUGCACCACAUCUGAGAUUUCUACUUUAAAAGGCUCUGAUGCUACAGGUGCGGAAGUUAUUAAUGUAGAAGUGGACCACCACAUCGUAGAAGAUAAUGAAAAAGAAAGAGCACAUGACAAGGAUACAAUAGCACAACAAAAUUUAAUCAGUUCGGCAACCUCCGAGAUAAAUGACAAAGAAUGUGACAGAAUUCAAGAAGAUUUAAAUCGCAAAUCUAAGGCAGGCCAUAAAGACGCUGCAAGUAUUUCAAGAAAAUUAUUUGUAGAGGAUUCAAUGGAUAUUGAUGUCUAUAGUAAUGUAGAUACUCCAAAAGAAGAUUCAGAAUGUACAGGAACAGUUGAUAAAGAAAUUCUCAAUUUAAAUUCAGCUGAUUGCGCUGCAGAUGACGAACAUAAAUCAACCAAUAAAAACUGUGACAAAUCUUCAACACGUGUAAAUACAGAAAAUGAUACAGAUUUUAUUUUAAGAAUGUCGGAGGAUCCUCUUGGCGAUUUGGAACAUAAUAAACUAUCUUCCGAUAUUAAUGUUACAACUAUGAGUACUCGAGACUCCGUUGACAUCGAAGGCACGUCAAAAACGCAAGAAAGUAUUCAGGAUUUAGAUAUCGCAGAUGAGAGUUGUGUGCAAGGUUUGCCACCUCCUGAGUUUGAGGAAGAAAAGAGAUCAGCAGCAUUAAAUUUCAAGAAGAAGGUAUUGUCAAACGUGACUUUAAAUGUAAAACCAUUGUUGAGAGGUAUGUCUGGCAUGAACAUUGACUUCUCGGAUAAUAUGAAACCAAACAAGGAAGGCGUUAAUAAACUGCUGGACAGAUAUUUUACACGCCAUGUCGUAAAUACGAAAGUAUGCCCUAACGAUGUCGAAGUAUCUGUACUAAGUACAGAGAAGACAGCAGAGGGUGUGAAGGUAGUAAAAGAGAUUCUUCCAUACAAGUUAACGCAAGAUGUUGUCAAUAACGAUCCUGAAUUGAGUAAACCUGGUGUUAAAUUGGUGCGUCUAAAAGAGGAGUUGAAGCAGAAAAUGGUGCAGAAACGCGACGAAGAAUGGAAACAGAAGGAAAAAUUAGAAAAAGCCAAGAGAGAAGAAAAUGUUGAAGAGGACGAAGUGGAUUUAGAGGAAGAAGAAAUUGAGGAAGUGAAUAUUAGCUCCGAAGAGGGAGAGAGUGAACCAGAAGAAGACGAUGUCCUUGUGAGAAAGAAGAAACCAAAGGCUGACUGUCCGUUUCUCGAUAAAGAAGCCGAAGUAAGCGAAGAUGAAACUGACGAAGAGGAUGAGCAUGAAGACGAGGAAGCCGAAGAAAACAGUGAAAAUGAAGACGAUGGGCAGGAAGAUGUUCUAAACGACGACGAGGAACACACACCGAAAAAAUUAAAUAGGGUAAAAGUGUUAGACGAAGACUCGAAUACUACCAAUGACAAGUACGAAGAUGAACUUAGUAAAGGAAACAAGAGUAUUUUCAGGCGUAGGACAGAUGUGGACAUGUUUGAUGGGAACGAUGCAUGGAUGAGUGACGAUACUCAAAUUCCAGCUGCUCAGCCACAGGAGCAGGAUAUGGGAAGCGAAAACUGUAAGACUCCAAAUUCUUUUGAGAAAAAGGACUUUUUCAGCUUCAUCUCGCCGGCUACUCAACUUAGCUGUCUGAACAUGGAACAUAGAUCCUUUAAUACGUAUUCCGGAGAAGCAGAUCGUUCCUCGGUGGAAAAUACUCCUGCAGAAAAAAAGUCUCAAGCAAACAGCAGUUUCGAAAAGCGACUAGGGCUUCAGAAAAAAUUAUUCGAGGAACCAUCCCAAGACGUGAACGACGAAGAAAUCCUGGAACUGUGUUCUGGGAAAUUUUCUACACAGAACGAUGUCAAAAAUAUUCCGGGUUUAACGGGACAAUCUAGCGUUCCAGAAUGUAAUUCUGAGCUACAAGCAUUGUGCUCCGGGGUCUUCAACACUCAACCGGUCGACAUGAAGAAAUUAGAAGAAAAGGACACGCAAAUUGAUGACACGUCCCAGGAUAUGCGUUUAACACUAGAGGAGGAUUCGCAAAGUUCAAUUGCUAAUAAAGAACCGCCCACGGAAAAGCCGAAGAUUUAUGCCGCGAACUUAACGAUAGCUUCGUCGUCUUCCGAAGGUGAGGAUAUUUUCUCGGACGAGGAAGGAGCAAGGGCGAAGAAGAAAAGGAUAUUCCAAAAGAAAAAGGUAAAGAAGUUGGACAUGUCGGAUGAAGAGGAAGAAAGCGAUAGCGAGGAAGAAUCUGAGGUAGAGGAGGAGAACGAAGAGGAUGAAAAAUACAUUGAUUACGACUCUGAAGAAAACGAACUCGUAGUCGUGCCGAAAAAAGAUAUAAAGAAGGUGGCAGCCGAUUUUUUGGAGAACGAGGCUGAGCUGAGCGAGAGCGAAUGGGAAUCUGCCGACGAAGACGAGAAGGGCCUGGACAAAUUUGAGUUCGAGGAAGCCGAUGCCGAAGAAAUUGACGAAAACCAAAUGAGGGACCAAUUGGGAAGGAUUCACAUGAAGCAAGUUUUGGACGAAGAUCAGAGAGAUGUGAGACUGUUGAAGGAAUUGCUUUUCGAGGAUGGAGAACUGUUUUCCGAAGGCGGAGGACGUGAGCGAAAAUUCAAGUGGAAAAAUAUUGAUAAGAUACUGAGCGAAGAAAACAAUGUCCAGCAAACGAACGACGAUGACGGGGAUCUUGACGAAGAAUCGGAGUUCGAAUGGAGAAAACUUCGGUACGAGCGAGAAAAGUUUCUGGAGGAGAGAAAGUCGGCAACGAAUGAAAUUGAAGAACUAAUGGAUGACAGUCAAGUCUUACAGAUGGGAAUGAAGGUUUUGGAAAAGGAAAGGAAGAGUCGUUCCGAAAAGGAUUUUACUUCCAAUAAUGUCCCUAAAAUAGCAGAGGCGAUAAUGCCUCGAACGUUAACCGAUUUGCUCGGCGGUCCUCUAGCGGACAAAACGAUAAGUAUUCGACGCACUGCCUUGCAGCGGGCUUCCUUCCUAGCCAGAGGGCAGGAGUCUUUGGCAAAAUUAGCUGCACUUGUAAAAAAUACCGAAGAGGUGACAAUCAACGGACCGCAGAAUACAAGGAACUUCGCGUUCGCUCAUCUGAGUCCUGCAACGGAACCUGAAAUUAAAGAAGACGAAACUAUCGGCGACCUUCCCAGCAAAAAUGGAAAAAGAAAGGCAGGUAACGACGAUACCCCGAGGCACGCCAAGAAAGUAAAAACUGACAGCGACCGCUCCAAAGGGAAGAAACUAUUUUAGCCAUUUAACAAAGUUGUUUCGCAGCUACUGUACAUAGCUAUAACCUAGAACUGCCUUUAAUAUUAUGAGAAACGUCUAAUACUAGGUUCUAUGCAGUGUAAAUAAUUUCGUGCAUCCAAGUAUCGUAAGACUCGUUAUUGCCUCGGAAUGUUUCAAUAUUUUUUUUUUUACCAAGGAAGGUG